AUGGCACAUCUUCAUCUUGGUAGCAAUUAUCUUGCCAUAUGCGUUGAUGCGAACCUCCUUACUCUUGAAGAAAGAAGACUAUGUACUUCAAUACUCCUGAUCCUGAUCCUGAUUCUUCUCCAUGGAGCUAUUGACUGUCCUAAACUUCUCGCACUUAUUCCCAUAUCUGUACCCGCAAGAAACACUCGUUCUGCUUUAUCUUUUUAUACGCCGCCAGCUACAAAUAACUUAGUGCGAUCUGCACCUAUUACUCGACUUUAA